GCCUGCGAUGACUGGGGCACGUCUGCCCUGCAGACCCGGGUCUGUCGUGGCUGUGGGUGUGAAGUGCCCUACGAGGAGGAAUGCUCUGUGCGAAGGCGAGUCUGUGGUUCAGGUCUGGGAUGGAAACAGCAAGCUUUUAUGAAUCCCGUUUGUAACUGUGCUCCUUCAGAAGAGUCUGAAGUUCUGCAACAAAAUUCACAUCUCUUGAAGUUCUGCUUCCAUGAUGACAAAUACCUGUCCGUUCCUCAUCGUUACAGUCAGAGCCUUGAUUUACUGAGGGUGAUUUCCUUUUCUUCCUUUGCUGCUGAGGUCCAAAGGAUUCCAUUUCUCCACUGAGCGUUGCCUGAGCUUUGACAGAAGCCAUGGAUUACAGCAGCCUGCGUUUGGUGGUUCUGUUUCGGAUGGCGACUCCAUUGAACAAAGCACAGCUCACACAGUGCUGGCUUUGUACCUUUGCAGCCGAUUUAACCCUAAACCAAGUGCUCAAGAAUUGUACAUUUUGGUCGAUGCUCUUCUGUGAUCUGCACGUCUCACUGCUUUGCCCGCAUGCAGGAUGUUUAUUUCUAGCUGACAGCGACUCAUCUCAUACAACCACACUUGUCCUCCUGUGCAGUGACCCAGGUGCUCUGCCAUGUCACUGGAGACAUUUGAGCUCUGCUAUCAGCAUGGGCAGAGGACAGAGGAUGUCCUUGCCAAGAGGAUGUCACAGCAAGCGAUCCAAGAGCGCUCGGAAGCAGUGAGGGGCAGAGCGUGUUCCCAUCUGGGAAAACGUGCGUGGGUGAAUGAGAAAUUGCUUCACGUCCUUGACUGCAUAAAGGAUUUCUCCCCUGUCUUGUCUUCUUCUGGAAAGAAUUUGGACUCUUUUCCGGGCAUUUGAAGCUGAGCUUUCACUGAUGCUCACAUCAGUGCUCAUGGAGCUGGUGAGCAGGAGGUGCGCUGUGUGCUUUAUGGCACCGCAGCUGAAAGCCUCCGUGGGCUCAGGGCUGUGCAGCUCCUGCGUGGAGGAUGGGUCGCAGGAAAUGAUUCUUCUGGCCUGUUCCCUCGCAGCAUUGAUUGUGCACUUGGCAGGAGCCCGGCACAGGAGCUCCAGCAGCUUGCUGAUGCAGAAUUCUCUUUGCUUUGAAUGGGAACGUUAUCUGACUUCAGUAAAUGUGGUGCUGUUGGAACACGCUGACUUGCCCGCUCGUUUCCAAAGACGGAUUUGGUCAGCUGGAGGCAAUUCUGGCCUUUCCACCUGGGCAGCACCAGCAUGGAUACAGAUGGGGACGGCCGAGGGCAAGCAGCUAUCAACCUGUGCUAACAAACAGCCCGCGUGCGUCCAGCCACAGAGAAACCACACUGCAAAGCAUGGUCAGAUACAGGCCCCGACCUGCAGUCGUCUCGCUGUCUGUCUGGAGGUACAGAUACAUGGGAAAGUCAUUAAGGGGCCUGCUAAUUCCCCACAGUUGCCCACAAGAGGGGAUGCUGUAGUCUUGAGGCUAUGUAUCCAAGAGAGAAAUCUUCAGAAACGCCGUCACGCCACUGCCGUGAGCCUGCCACUGCCCUCACUCAGUGCUCUUCUCCAUUCUCCCUUCUCUUUGGAGCUUCAUAACUUGUUUGUUCUGUGAUGAUGCUUUUCCCCACUCCUGUGCUUCACUGUCCCUCCUCAGAACUCUAUAAAUAGGAUUUCCUCACCAGCGCCGAGCGGUUCCGAGCGUGCUGCACACAGGAAACUAUUUGGGUAGGAAUCAAACAAGAGCCUGAAUGUCAAAACAUUGACUUGCAUUGUUUGGGUUAUAAACUUUGCCCUUAAGUUGUUAUUGUUGGGGUAGGAUUGUGACAUUAAAACACGGUGCUUGUGGUCGCUGUCAGUAGAACAAACACUGAGCUGUUAAAAAGAACAGCGCUCCUUCCUUCCUCUCUCCUUUCCCUGGAGCUGAGCUCUCAGGCAAAUAAAAAUAGUGGUGAAGCUGAAAAUGGUGGGGUAGGUUUAGAUUUUGCAAGUGUUUAUUUAUUUGUUCUUUGAUGUGCACCUGUAUGAAAGGAAUAUGUUGUGUGUAGGAUCAAGGGGAACAGCUUUUUCUUCUGGAAGCCAGUAAUGAUUGACAACUUUGCAGUGUUAUCCCUAAAGUUUUUGGAUUAAUAAAUUCUCUAAAUUGUUAAGGCUGGAGUUUGGGUACCUUAAUCCGUAAUCCCACUCCUGUGUCCAACUCUACAUCACUGCAAACUUAAGAGAGGUGGUGGAUGCCCCAUCCUUGAAGGCAUUCAAGGUCAGGCUGGAUGGGGCUCUGGGCACCUGAUCUAACUGUAGGUGGCCCUGUGCACUGCAGGGGAGGGGGACCAGAGGGCCUUUAAAGGUCCCUUCCAAUCUGGGGCUCCAGUGAUGACUGUGUGAUGAUGACUCCCAGUGGAUCCUUUUCUAACUGGAGCUAUUCUGCGAUGCUCAAUCCCAUGCCCAAACAC